AUGCUUAUUGGUGUUUUAAUAAUUAUUUUGGAAAGUGGAGAAAAUAAUGUAGAUGCUAAGGAACAGGCUUUAUUGAUAAUAAAAUCUUUGCUACUUAAAAAUGCCAAAUUUUGGUCUGAACAAUUAAUCAAAUUGGGUGUUUAUGAAAAAAUUGAAAUUUUGGCAAGAGAGGCAGCAGAAGAAACAACAACAAAAACAACAAAUGAAAAAGAAAAUAAUUUUGAAGAUAAAAUUGGUGGUUGUUCGUCUUCAACAACUUUAGGAGGAGGAACUGCUGAAUCAACAGCAUUAAAUAAUAAUAAUAAUUUGGCAGCUUUGUCUUGUGGUGAAAAAAGGGAAGAGGAUAAUAUUUCAACAAAUUCUGUAUAUACAGCAAAUAGGUCAAUAUCUUCAACACCUUCAAUUAGUUUACGUUCUGAUUCAACAGUUCCAUCAACUGAUUUAAACAUUGCCAGAAAUACUCAAAAUUCUGCAAAUAAUGAUGAAAUUACUCCAUCCCCAACAAAUGAAUUAAUUGUUGAUGAACGAAGACUUUCCUGUUCUACAGCUAAAGAAGAACCUGAAAAUGGAGAAAAUAAUUUGAUUGGAGAAGAAGAGGAAGAAGGUGUUGAAAUUGAUACACAAAUAUUUAAUAGCGAUUUGGUUGAGGCUGCUACAACUAUUGCACAGGCAUUGGGUGUUCAAAUUGUCGAAGACGCUGCUUCUACUGACAACAAACCUGAAGAGUCUAAAUCUAAAGAAUCUACUUCGACAGCAACUCCAGCCGUUCCUGCUUCUGCUGGUUCUGAUGAUGUUUGGACUUUAACUCCCGGUGUUUACUAUCGUUGGCGUGAUUGGCGUCUAAUUCGUGCAAAUGACUCUUUGUUUGUUUGGUGUGACGCUGUUGCGUUGGAAUUAAGUGACGGCUCAAACGGCUGGCUACGUUUUUUAAUGAAUGGACGCCUAAGCACAUUAUACAGCAGUGGAAGCCCAGAAUAUGGUGCUGAUAAUGCCGAUACUCGUGCUGAAUUUUUUGAAAAAAUAAGAAAAGCAAAAAGUUCAAUCCCAGUUGGCGCUCCUUCCCAUUCAAUUUUAUCAAUUCCUCGUCCAGAAAAAACAACAAAACCAUUAGAAUCUGGAAAUUGGCUUUUAAAUUCGUCAGAAUUAAAUACUUUAAAUAUUACAAAUAAAGAAGGAAUUCAACAAAAAAUGACAAUAAAAGAUGAUAUGCCAGGAUUUGUAUUUGAAUCGAGUAGACAACAAAAACAAAUGUUUACUGCAGAAUCUACAUUAGGUCACGAUUUUGUUACUGGAUGGGCCGCUCGUGGAGGUGGUCGACGCCUUCGAUAUUUCCGCGUAGAAGUUCAAAAACAAAAAGUUGGAGAAUUAGCAAAAGAAAUUUGGGAAAAUUAUUUAAAAGAAGUAUGUGAUAGACCAAGAGAAGCAGUCCAGGAAAUUUUAAAAUGUUGUGAAGCUUUGGAUAAAUUGGCAAAUGAAAUUGUUGAAAUGGAAGGAAAAAAUUAUGGAGAGGAUGAAAAAAAUUUGGAAAAGAGUAAAAAUGAGUUUGUUUCAAUACUCAAAAAAAUUCGUUCUUCUUUAUCUGAUGAUCGUCAAUUAUCUAUUUUUGAAAUUUCAAUUUCGGGUCUUGUUCCAGCUCUUUUAAAUUUGGUAAAAUUAAUUGAAGCAAAUCCAUCUGGAAUACUUGCUGAAAUGUUUACUGAGAUUUUCUUUAAUCCUCGUGAUUUGAGCGCUUUAGUUCGCAUUGUAAUCCUUGUAUUGGAAUCAAUGGAAAAAUUUCCUCAAUUUUUAUAUGAUUGUCCAGGUGGAAGUCCUUUUGGGUUUCAACUUUUAACAAGACGUUUACGUUUUCGAUUUGAAAAUGCAAAGAAAAAGAAUUCUGGUACUACUACAACUUUAAAAAGCGAAAGAGAGUUUGUUGAUAUAACAAAUCGUUCACUCAAAGCAGAACCAUUAGUAACAAUUGCAGCAUUAAAAUCAUACCUUAAUGAACAUUUUACAAAUUCAAAAAAUUCAACAUCAACAACAACCGCAACAGCAACUUCAACAAAUCUUCAACAUUAUACACGUCCACCAACUGCAGCAUCAUUAAGAAUUGCAAGAAAAUUGCCUAAAUAUGUUGAAAAAAUUGCUUCAAAUGUUUCAACAGCUGCAACAAAUAUAACUGAUUUAAGAAAGAAAAAUACUUCUGGGGAAUCUGAUACAACUACAAAAGCUAAUAAUGGACGUAAUGCAGCUAGUAUAAAUGCUAAUACAAAUCCGUGGAGUACACGUGAUUCUAGUUGUUUGGAAAAGAUUGGUGGAAAUAUAAAAAUGCCGACUAGACAAGGAGGAAAAUAUUCUUCUUCUACUAGUUCAAAAAAGUCUGGAUUAACUACUGGUUCUCAAAAAUCUAGUACUAAAACAAGUGGUGGAUCUUCUAGAACACAAAGAGGAGGAGGAGGUUUACAACAAAAGGAUUUAUCAGAGAAAACCUCAAAUAAAGAUGAAGGAUCAAAUGUCUCUCAACAACAACAAAAAUCUAUGUCUACUACAAAUCUUUUUGAUGCCGAUCGUCGUUCUAAAGUUAAUUCGUCUGCUGCAUUCAACCAAGCAGCUAGUGCAGAAUCACUUCAACACCAAACACCUUCACUAGAAAAUUUACUUUCAAAGGCACUUUUACAUAAUUAUAGUAUUCCUGAAGAAUCUAUGGCAACACCAAAUUCGGGCAGUCCUGAGCCUAGAAUUUUGCCUACAUUUGAAAAUUUACCUGGAAGAUUUGAUCAAAGAAAAGGAAGUGAAGAUGCUGCUGCACAAAGUGGACUUUCUAUUGGGGCAAGUUCAUUUGCCGGCGGUUCCCAACCCGUUCUCAAUACAAGCACAUUUACUAAUACUAAAGAACGUUGUCACACUGUUGAUUCGUCGAGUGAACGUUUAGAAGAAGAGGAAGAUCAACAACAAUGUACUGAAUCUUCUACUGAUACUAUUAACGAAUCUAUUCAAAAACAUGAACAAGAAGUAGCUGAUCUUUUACAAUUUAUGGAUGGUCCAUUUAUGAUGCCACAAGAAUUGUUUGGUGGAGAUCUUAUUGAAGAGCAAGUGGAAGUCCAUCAAUCAGAACAUGCUGCAGAAGGAGAUGAAACCGUUGUUGUUGAAACAGCUUCUGAUUUGACUGCCACUGACUCUUCUGCUACUGUUGGUAUACCAAUGCGUGAUGUUAUUAUUGAGGAAGAAACAUCCUCAUUGAAAACAGCAAUUGAAUGUUCUGAAGAAGAUAUUGUUGGUGAUAAUAAUUCUACAAAAACUGCAAGUUCAAAUACUGGAGGGGGUGGUGGAAGUAGACAUAGCCAAAGAAAAUCUGCUAUGAUGCCGAGACGUACAACUGAUCAACAAGCUUCUACAUCAGGCUCUGGAGCUACUUCUGGUAUCGGCAAUAUACGUGAAAAAAUUGGGAGUUACACUGAUAUUUUAAAACAUAUGAUGAGUCAGGUUAUUGAAGGUGGAGAUACUAGCGAUGAAACAUUUGUUGAUGAUAAUGAAUUUGAAAGUGAUAUUUAUGAUGAUGAAUUACUUAAUCAAUAUUAUAUUGAAGCAGAAUGUGAACCUGUAGAUUUAAAUGAGACUGUUGGAGGAGGAGGUUUUUCACUUCCUUCAGAUUCUUCGGGUAAUACGGGAGAGAAAGCAACAGCAAUUAUACCUACAUCAACAACUACAGCUUCAAAUAUUAUUGGUGAUGGUAUUGGUUCUACAAGUAUUUUAAGUGAAGCAGUAGCUGCAUUGGAGAGUAUCAGCCAAGCUGCUGGUAAUCCUCAAGCUGCAUUAGCUGCAAUUCGUGCAAUUAUAGAAAGAGGUGAUGCUUUUGGUGGUCAUAUAUUUGGUAGUGGAGGAUCUUCUUCUUCAGAUACACAUAAACGUUGGCGUCAAAUGUUUUCUCAAGAAGAAAUUUUGGCAGCAAAUAGUGGUGGAAAUAUUGGUGAUAAAACUUCUGCUGGUGGUUGUGCACGUGCUAUACGUUCAGGAGGAGGUACUGGAAAUAAUAAAUCUUCAAAUUCUACAAAUAAUAAUAAUGGUGGGUGGAAUGAUGAAUUUGUUUUGAGGCAACACUUUGAUGCUUUAAUCCCAGCUUUUGAUCCAAGACCUGGUAGAACUAAUGUUAAUCAGGUUUAUAAUUUUUGUUUUAUUAUUUGUUGA